CCUAUUAGAUUACUUCUAAAUUAAAAAAAUGUUUCUAACGAAGCAGUUGUUUUUGAUUUUUGCUCUUCUCUAUACUGCCAAAGCCGGUAUUGCCCUGGAUGAAGUUGCCACUAAUUUAGUGGAUGGGCUAAAAACUGACGCUAGUGCUAUUCAAAUUUUACUUAACUCUGCUGUUGCUCUCGGCAUAGAGACAAGAGGAGAUAUUUUUAAGACUUUAUUGGAUUUGAAACUGGAAAACUUUGGGACACAAAAACGCGUUUCAGCAACAGAACUAAUUCAAAAUGAAGGAUAUCCCGUAGAAAGUUAUUAUUUGACUACAUCCGAUGGGUAUAUUUUAAACAUAUUCAGAAUACCUUAUGGAAAAAGUGGCAAAAAACUUAAUAAGGUAGUAUAUAUACAACAUGGCUUUCUUGCAUCUUCCGAUGAUUGGGUACUGAUGGGUUCCAAAAGAGGUUUGGCCUAUAUCCUGGCCGAUGAAGGUUAUGACGUUUGGUUAGGCAAUUGCAGGGGCAACUUUUAUUCAAGGAACCAUACUCAAUGGAAUCCAGAUAAAGACCCGCAGUUUUGGCAAUUCAGUUGGCAUCAAAUAGGUACUACUGAUAUACCAGCAAUGAUUGAUUUUAUUAUUGAGAUAACUGGAGUUACUAAAUUGUAUCAUGUAGGACACUCCCAAGGUACUACCUCUUUUUACGUCAUGGCUUCAAUGAGACCAGAAUAUAAUGCCAAAAUAGCACACCAUAUCAGUUUAGCACCCAUAGCCUACAUGAAUCAUUUAUUUAGUCCGUUAGUGAGAGCUCUGGCGCUAAAUUAUUUACUUGGUAGCUUUACGUUGGAGUCACUGAGUAAGAACGAAUUUUUACCUAGUUCAGGAUUCCUCAAUAUGUUAACAGAUAGUGUCUGUUCUGAAGGUGUAGGACAAGUAUUGUGUAAAAAUGCUCUUUUUGCGCUGACGGGAUUCAGUCCUAACCAAAUGAACGUUUCGGAUAUACCGCUGAUUAUGGCUAAUUAUCCAGCUGGUGCAGCCACAAAACAACUUGCACAUUAUCUCCAACUGACCAAUUCCGGUCGAUUUUGCCAGUAUGACUUUGCAAUCUUAAAAAACAAAGAACAUUAUGGCCAGAUUAUACCUCCAGAUUAUGACUUAUCUAAAAUUGCAGCCCCUCUUACUUUGAUAUACAGUUCCAAUGAUUGGUUGGCUGCCGUAGUAGAUGUGGAAAGAUUGGCGAAGCAAUUACCAAACCUGAAGGAGAGUUACAGAGUACCACUAGUAACUUGGAAUCAUAUCGAUUUUCUUUUCGGAAAAGACGCCCCAACGCUAGUUUACGACAAAGUUGUAAGUAUACUCACACAAAAUUGAUAAAAAAAAGUUCCUAAUAAAUUCAUAAUAAAAAA